UCUCCUGCAGCGGGGGGUUUACAGAUGGAUUCAGCAGAAAAGACAACUAAUAGAAGUGAACACAAAUCCAGGAAGUUUUUAAAAAGUCUAAUAAGGAAGCAACCCCAUGACCUCUUGCUGGUCAUUGGAUCAGGCGUCAGUGCAGCUGUGGCCCCUGGCAACCAGGCCCUUAACUCCUGGAAGAGCUGCAUCGAAGCCGUCCUUGAAGCAGCGGAACAACUAGAGGUCCUGCACCCAGAAGAUGUCGCAGUUAAAAAGAAAGUGAAGAAAGACCGAGACUUGCUUGUAGUUGCUCAUGACCUGAUCCGAAAGAUGUCACCUCGCACGGGGGAUACCAAACCCAACUUCUUUCAGGACUGCCUGAUGGAAGUCUUUGACAACUUAGAACAGCACAUUCAGAACCCCACAGUGCUGCAGUCCAUCCUUACCCUAAUGGAACGUGGGACCAUGGUUCUUACCACCAACUAUGACAACCUUCUGGAGAUCUUUGGCCAACAACAGAAUAAGCCCAUGGAAUCUUUAGAUCUGAAGGAUAAAACCAAGGUUCUCCAGUGGGCCAGAGGACACAUGAAGUACGGAGUUCUUCACAUUCAUGGCUUAUACACAGAGCCUUGUGGGAUGGUUUUGGAUCCUUCAGGAUAUAAAGAUGUGACUCAGGACCCAGAAGUAAUGGUAUGCUGUCAGGACCAGCAGGGACCACCUGGUUGGUGGUCCCAAGGGGAAGUUCUUCAGAACCUGUACCGGACCAAGUCCUUUCUGUUUGUGGGAUGUGGUGAAAUGCUGAGAGACCAGAUCUUCCUGGCCCUCUUCCUUUACUCGGUCCAGGACAAGGUGGACUUGGAGCAUUUCAUAGUGGUACUCAAGGAGAACGAGGACCAUUUCUUCAAGCACCAGGCUGAUAUGCUUCUGCAUGGCAUCAAAGUUGUCUCCUAUGGGGGCUGCUUCGACUACUUCCCAGAGUAUGUGCAGGACCUUGCGACCCAGAUCUGCAAACAACGAAGUCCAGAUGCUGAUCGAGUGGACAGUACAACAUUAUUAGGGAAUGCCUGCCAGGACUGUGCCAAGAGAAAGCUCGGAGAAUACAGCAUUGAUGUUCCCAAGAGAAUCCGCCAGUCAGAUCCAGAUGACUCUGGAGGGUCCUGAGAUCCCCAGACUCCCAGAGACCUGUGCCUGGAAAACCAACCUCUAAGUAGCCACAGUGCAGGACCCACACUCAAGACACCGACACCGGAGGGCAUCACCUACCCCGCCAACCCUAUGAGAGCCCCAAGGAGUGUGGCCCGGGUGGGGCCACCUCUCUGUGCGCUUAACUACUAGCAAUCAACAUUUUUACCUUUUCAGGUAAGAACUGGAAAGAACUGAAGGACCACUGUCUCAGGGAUAAAGUCCAAUGAU